AUGCUGUCGGGGGCCUCGAAAUGCUCCGUCACCGCCAGCGCCGCGGACGACGUCGCCCCGCCCAUGCGCACCCCGCCGCGCGGCAUGUCCAAGAUCAACGCCGUCCGCGUCAGCGUGCGGCCGCGCUCCGCCAUGAUGGGCCGCAAGCUCACCGCCGCGGCGCCGCGCGUGGCCAGCCAGCCAACGCAGCAGUGCGGCACGAGGCACGAGGCGCUGCUCUCCUGA